GACACGACUCUGUCUCUGUCUAUAUUCUAUUGCCCUAAAUAAAUCCUAUUCUCAUUGUUCCAACACAAAAAAUCUGUGUAUAGUAACCUGCUACUCGAGGUAGCCAAAAACGACAUAAUCAGACAUUCAGACAACUAAAGUCAAGAUCUGCGAUUCCACCGAUCCUCAUUAGCGCAAAAAAGAACUAUCUAAGCUCUGACUGAACCAAGCAGCUCAUCUCCCAUGGCAACCCAUCAUCAAGGCAAGUCUUUUAUGUUCUAUCUGAUCAUAACAUGCGAUUUGCUGAUCAUCUGUUGGGUCUGCGCCGCCUCGACCUCAGAGGCGCCGAUUCUGAUUGAGAAAGAGCGUACAAUCGGCGAUGGUUUGGAUGGAUUAAACAGACACCAAAAACAGGUGGAGAAGCUUGAGGAGUUGGUGAAAAAUCUUAGUGAAUUGGUGGGUAGGUUAGAAUCAAGAAUCGCUGAAAGUUUGGAUUAUAAGAAACCCAGUAUUGGAAAACCGCCGGAAUUUGACUUGGAAGGGGAAUUGGAGAGAAAGAAGACGAAAAGUGAUGAGCUUUCGGGGAAAUUAAGGAAGGAAGGGGGUUUGGGGAAGAAGGGUGGGGCAGUUUCGGUUACAAAGUACACUGCUUUUUGGUCGGAGAGGUUUCAGUUGAUGUCUGCGGUGAGACUGGAGUCGGAUGCUACUUGCAUUAACGUGUUGCCGUUUAGGGAUUUUGAUGGAUUAAGCAAGUAUGUGGCGGUUGGGGAUGCAGAAGGGUGGGUGUUUGUGUUUUCAAGAAAUGGAGAUGUGGUGAUUAAGUUCAAUACUUUGACAGGGGCACCAAUCACAGCUCUUACUUCAUGGUUGUCACAUUACAGGAAUGAAUGUGUUGUGGUUACUGGGCAUGAGAAUGGGGCUCUUAUGAGGCAUAGAGUGUGGGAGGUUGUGCAGAAUGGAGAUGAAUGGGGUUCUCUGUCCAUGGAAAAUGUUGGGGAGUUAGGUUUAGCAGAAACCGGGGAGGGUGCAGAAGGUAUAACUAGUUUGGAAGUGCAUCAUAUGGGGCGGAAUAGGUUUGUUUUGUCGACAGAUGUUAGCGGGAGGCUUAGAGUGUACUUGGAGAAUGGGACGGUUUAUGGAUUGGCCGUGCCAAGGAGCAGGCCACUCGCGUUCUUGAAACAAAGGCUGUUGUUUUUGACAGAGACGGGUGCAGGGUCGUUGGACUUGAGGACGAUGAGGAUUAGGGAGUCUGAAUGUGAAGGUUUAAACAGGUCUCUGGUUAAAAGCUAUGUUUUUGAUGCAACUGAAAGAUCAAAAGCGUAUGGCUUUACGUCGGAUGGUGAUUUGAUUCAUGUGUUGCUUUUGGGUGAUAUAAUGAAUUUCAAGUGCAGGCUUAGAUCAAGGAAAAAGUUGGACACGGAUGAGCCUCUGGCAUUUCAGGCAAUCAGAGGGUAUUUGCUCAUAGCUAACCGACAGAAGGUUUGGCUGUAUAAUGUAUCAUCUCACCAUUAUGUUAGGUCUGCAGGGCCAAGGCUGGUGUUCUCUGCAGGCCUGGAUGAGAUCACUGCACCAUUUCUCAAUCACAAAUCAACAGAUUCAAAUGACGACAAGGAGAGAACGAUGGUUCCUCUUAUAGCCAGUGACCGCGAAAAGCUUGUUAUACUUGGUCUGGGGAGUGGCUAUAUUGGGAUGUAUCGUCCCAACCUUCCGGUUUUCAAGAAUGAAUUCAACACCAUGCUAUGGACAAGCCCUGUAUUGUUGUUUAUCCUCUUCCUACUCGGUGCCUGGCAGUUUUUCGCCUAUAAAAAAGAAGCGUUUACCUCUUGGAGUCCAGACGAUUCCUUCUUGUCCACAUCGAUUGCAGGUGAAGCAUCGUUAGGAGCCAGUCAGGGCGACGAAGCUUUCUCAGUCCCAGAUUCUUCAAGGAAUACAGGUUUUAUAGAUCCAAGAAACAGUGAUCUAAGAGGUCCUGCAGGUAGGUAUGUCUCUCCAGCGACUCCCUAUACGUCUAGCACUUCUGAGACAAGUGCUAGACCAUCUUUGAUUGAUCCCAAUUUCAUAACAGCUUCGCAGUUGAAAUAUAGGGGGUCAAAUUUAGAAACCCCUGCCUUUCCAAACAGGAGAGAUAGCUUGUUUAUAAACAGUCAAGUCGUGGACGAUAGCAAAUGAUGAUUUACAUGGCGCACUGUAGUAGGAAUAAAGGACUAUUUUUCUGUAUCUUUUCACCUUUUUUUUUUGGCUUAAACGUAGUACCAGAAGGUUCGACUGUCCAAGUAAUUACAUGUAACAAUCAUCACACCAAUUUUCUACAGACUUAGUAGGGAAUUACAAAAACGAUGUUUCUUGAAAUAAAUUGAAUCAUGAAAAUUUCAUUCAAA